AUGCGGGCGAAGGGCCAACUUACAUACGACUCGGUAGUUGGCCCUCUCCACCUCAGUAACUCAGCGGUGCUCAUGGCGUCAGUGGUGCAAUUUGUGUGGUUCAAACAGAUCGUGCACUACGCCGCCGUCUCUGCAAUUACGGUGUUCAUAUACGACUACAUCCUGACACUUUCGCUCGAGAUUAGCCUUAUGUGGACGUCGUGGGGUGGAUGGCUCGGGAAGUUUGUCUUCUUCUACGUGCGUACAAUCCCAGCUUAUUUGCCUCCAUACACACCAGCACUGGGCAAGUACGAGGAACACUCCAGCUGCAGUUUCUCACCAAUCCCAAGAUGUAGGACCCUAACGGCCACAGGAAUUGUUCUAGAAUUCACAGUUUCUCUCUCGUCGACAGCUAUAUUCUACCUAAGAAUGUGUACACUGUACCAAAAGACGCGUUGGAUUAUCGUAUUCAUCACCGUUUUCUUCUUUCUCAGUGCCGUAGCACAGAUAAUCGUGGGCACUACGGCGAUGACACUGCUCCUGCGCUUUACAGGGUCCAUCGACGGUUACUGUGGACUGACUGGAACACCGCCUCCGAGUGCCGCCAGCAUGAUUGCCGGUGCAUAUUUGUCAAUGGUACCAUGCGAGACGGUUAUCCUGGCCGCAACGAUUGCCCAUUCUAUUUGGGCGAAGAAGCUUAAGUUAUUGGAAGGAGCGUCCGCCAGUCUACCGAUCCUUACACGGCUCUAUCGGGAUGGAAUCUUGUACUUUGGACUUGCACUUGCCCUGAGAUUAUGCGGCGCAAUUGUUUGGCUUGAAGCGCCUGCCAAUCUCAAGCUCUCUCCCGACUAUGGCGUUUACGCCCUCACAAGCAUCUUCGCUUGCAGAUUCUUCUUGGGGCUUCGGGAGUCCAUCUCGCAGACCAAUGCUGAAUCAUUCCCUACAACCAACACAGACACCAUUGCUCUAUCAGAGAGACCACGUCGCAGCCCCUUUUCUCUUUCGACCCAGAUGACUGCUGGAAACCCUUUGGAGGAAACCAACGUCAACUCUACGCAUCCCUAG